AUGGACACGCCGCCGAGCAUAUGCAGGCAGUAUGCAACACCUCCCCGUGAAUCACCUGAGCAGCGGCGGCGGCGACUGGCCAGCCGGCGAGCAGCGAAGUACCGUCAUUUCCGGUCAUUGACCAGUGCUUCCGACCCUGUAGCGGAUCUCCAGCGGCAGGAGAACUUGCGCCGACAGCGUAAACGUAGGUCGCUGUUGGACGACGCGACACGCGACCGCCUACGUGCGCAGAACCGGCAGCGACAGCAAGUUCGACGUCAGAAUCUCAGCGAUCGAGCCAAGGCGGAUAUUCGCCAGAAACAGCGCGAGCGGCAGCGUGAGCGUCGUCAUAAUCUAGACGACAUUGCGCGUGAAGAGCUACGGGCACGCGAACGUUCGCGCAUCCGACACCAUCGACUGCCGCAUUUGAGACUGGCGCCGGAGCUGCCGACGCUGCGGCAGCAUCAGGAGCAGCAGAGACAGAGAGAGAUGCAGAACAGGUUGCCGUUCGGUGGCGGUGUACAGAUUACGCUGCCUCCACCGCCGCCUAUUGAGAGGGUAAGGACCUUCCAGCACGAACGUAUCCCGUCGCUGCCUCAUUUGCAGCAGGUCGCGAGGCCCGCGACGUCAUCGUUGCUGUUAGCAACCCCGCCACCGCCGUUGUUCUCGAUGCCAGGACCAGGAAGUACCAUGACCCCGGGCUUACCAACGGUUGCUAGUGCUGUGGCAGCGGCGGCUACUAGGCCUCCCCAACCCACGCCAAUCAUGCCGUCUGUCAGCUUGCCGCUGCCCAACAAACCGCUAGCAAUACUUCCAAUUGUUCAGCAGCAACAGCAGCCACCGCGUACACCGAUCGUGUUACCACCAGCCCAUCGCUCACUUCCGCCCUUACCAGAUUUUCUCAACAGCCGCGAAGCAUUUAACCCAGCCACUGCCGCUGCGGCUACGUCCACGCGAGCGCCACGACCGUCGAGUAGUGCUAGUAGAGCACUGUUUCCGUCAAAUACUAACCUUCCUGCCUCGCACGCGGAUGUUCAAGACGCGGAUUCGUACUUUCAACGAUUAUAG